AUGAAACUCGAAUACAUUAACGCACUAAAAGAAGAAAAUGGAGGAUUUAAUUUUGAAAAUUUAAAGAGAAAUGAAAUUUUGGAAGAAAAGGGAAUAACAUUUCCUAAUUUUCGAAAAACAGGAACGACCAUAUGUGGAUUGGUAUGUCAAAAUGCUGUCAUUUUGGGAGCAGAUACUAGAGCCACAGAAGGUCCAAUAGUUGCAGAUAAGAAUUGUAGUAAAUUACAUUUUAUAAGUAAAAAUAUAUAUUGUGCCGGUGCAGGUGUAGCAGGAGAUUUAGAACACACCACAUUGUGGUUACAACAUAAUGUUGAAUUACAUCGAUUAAAUACUAACACUCAACCGCGAGUAGCUAUGUGUGUAUCUAGACUAACACAAGAAUUAUUUAAAUAUCAAGGAUAUAAAGUGUGUGCAAUUGUUUUAGGAGGUGUAGAUGUUACCGGUCCUCAGUUAUAUGGUAUUCACCCACAUGGAUCUUCUUGUUUAUUACCCUUCACAGCUUUGGGUUCUGGAUCCCUAAGUGCCAUGACUGUGUUAGAAGCAAAAUACAGGGAUAAUAUGACAAUAGAAGAAGGAAAAGAACUUGUAUGCGAAGCUAUAUGUGCAGGUAUUUUUAAUGAUCUUGGUUCAGGUGGAAAUGUUGAUAUAUGUGUUAUAACAAAAGACGGUUCACAACAUAUAAGACCAUACAAACAACCGAAUGUUCGAUUAUAUCAUUUACCACAUCCAACUGUUUUUCCAAAAGGAACUACUCCUAUAUUAUGUCAAAAAAUUGAAAAUAUAAAAAAAUAUAUCACUGUAGAAGAUGCAUGA